UAGCAGCGGAAGUGUGAAAGCAGAUGUGACAGUUCAGUGACUUUAUCAACAGCGGAGCUUCACACAAACGAUGUUACAGUUACAUUUCACGAGCGAUACAUUAUCUGAUAAUGUCAGCACUGACUUUCAAAACCUCAAUAAGUUCAGUGAACAGCAGUUUGUGAGUCUGACAGAGAUCUUGUAUCAGUUUCUACUAGAGCCCAAAGAGUCGGAGCGAUUCUUGCGACAGCUGACAGAGUUUGCUGGAGAGAAUGGGAUGAGCGUGGGGCCACUGAAGAGUCUGAUGAAGAGUGUCCUCCUGCUACCUCAUGGUGCUUUGAAAAGAAACCUGACAGCAGAACAGGUGAAGCUCGAUCUUCUGUCAUUAGGAUUAAAUGAGGACAAAGCCAGUCAUUUCUCCGAGCAGUGGAAAGUUCACUACCCUGUGUUAUCCAGACUGGCAGUAGGACAGACGUUAAUGGUCAACCAGCUUGUUGAUAUGGAAUGGAAAUUUGGUGUUACUGUUGGUACAAGUGAGCUACAAAAGACCGGAAAUAUUUUUCUACAGCUAAAAUUGGUCAUCAGAAAAGGAAACGCAACAGAAAAUGUGUACAUGGAGCUGACUUUACCCCAAUUCUAUAACUUCCUUCAUGAGAUGGAGAGGGCCAAAGCCAGUAUGGAUUGUUUUAGUUAACUGCUUCAGAUGUUUUCACAGGUGCAGACUUUCUGACAAAUUGUUUCAACUAAAAUAAUGGUUGAUUGAUUUUUCUUGAUGUAUGUGAAUGUAUGCAUUUGUGUGUUUUGUGACCAUAUCACAUUCCACAUUGUUGAUCCUUUGUAAUUAAUCACUUUUCUCAGAAUAAACUUUGGUGUUUAUUUCUGUAAAUGUAUGUGCUUUUUUAAGAUGUUUAUUUUUAAAUGUACAUACUUGAAAUUCAGCUUGAAUGAGAAAAGAACAGAUAUCUCUGAAAUCACAUGCUAAAAUGACAAUUGUCAUUAUAAAGUUUGUUUCUUAAGCUCAGCACUCGUUGUUUUGGCUACAGCAGUUAUCUUUGCACAUGGGGACUGUUUGGUAAGCGCCUUACGCGACUGUACAGAGCCCCUUUUCUCAGAAAAUCAACAAGUUUUAAAAGAUUGAUGAUUGGUUCUUUUAACUGAAAGGUGGGACUUCAGUUGCCCCCCUAUUUAUAGUAAUAUGAGUAAUAUCCAUUAUCUUUGGUUUCAUACAGCACAGGUUCACAGGAAAACACUGUAAUAAAAUUGAUUUAUCAAUAUAGUACUACGUAUGAUAGUGAUAGUAUCAACUUUUAUUUAUUUUAUAAAAUUUGUGAGUCAAGCUAAAAUAAAAUUACAUUUUGAUUACUACAUUUGAAUAAGUACAUCAAUACACAUCAUAAACAUACUUUUUUAAAAGGUACCUUGAUGUGCCUUUUUUCUGAGAGUUUGUAACAUGACAUUUGUAUCCUGGAGCAAUGUAAUACAAAGAUUAAAGCUUAAAGAAACACCAAGUGGAUAUAAUCAUCUGACUCAACUGAUUAAAUAUAUCUGUCCUUAUUGUU